UGAUCGAAUUUCCGUUUCGGCACGGCUUGUCGGCUUCCGGUAGUCUUGAUAAACAAACAGGGGUACUAAAUUAACCUCUAAUUUUCGCCAUAGAAGACGUUUGCUUCGCUAAACUCCAAAGAAAAUGGGUGUCGAUGUUGAAGUGAUCUCUCCCGGAGACGGCCAGACCUACCCCAAGACUGGUCAAACUGUGGUGGUCCACUACACUGGCACCCUGACUAAUGGAACCAAGUUUGACUCCUCACGCGACAGAAACAGCCCGUUCAAGUUCCGUCUGGGUCGCGGUGAGGUCAUCAAGGGCUGGGACCAGGGCGUGGCACAGAUGUGCGUUGGAGAACGCGCUAGGCUGACCUGCUCCCCAGACUUUGCCUACGGCUCUCGUGGCCACCCUGGAAUUAUCCCUCCUAAUGCCACUCUUAUCUUUGAUGUCGAGCUGCUGCGAGUUGAGCCUUGAAGAGCGACUAUGCCGCCUCUCCUCUCCAACGUCUUGUUCGUCAUCAUCGCAGACGAGCAGCUCACCCUAAUUUAACCUUACAAGAAAAAAAAUACCAUUGUUUUUUUUAACUGUUUACAAACUAUUACUUCUCAAGUCUGCAAAUAAUUGACCCAACAGUGUCCUUUACAAGGAUCAACUUAAGCAAUUAUAAUUGGGUGUAGUAAAUUCUUCCACUUCUGAAGGGUUCCGUCGGACCCACUAAUUCAGGUCCACUUGCAUUUGUUGUUCUGCCUCACUGUUAAACAAAAAUGAAAAAAUAGAUUGCUUUUACUGUCAAUUUGAUUUUGGAUUUUCAGAUUAAAAUCAUUUCAAAUCA